UGCAGGACCCCCAAAAGGAAGAACUUUCGCUUGAAAACACGUCGAAACGCGCACCUUUCAUUGUUAUCGAAGGCUUGGAUCGGUCUGGCAAGACAACACAAACUUUACGGUUGCAUUCACACCUCAGGAAUGAAGGCAUCGACGCGACCCUGAUCAAGUUUCCAGGCAGGACAACGGCAAUUGGACAGAUGAUUGACGCGUACCUCCGAUCCACGUCUGAGCUGGAUGAUCACGCUAUUCACCUCCUCUUCUCCGCAAAUCGAUGGGAACUCGCGUCUACGAUCGAGAAAUUGCUGACAGCAGGAACCACCGUCGUUUGUGAUCGGUACGCGUUCUCAGGAAUCGCGUUCUCUGCGUCGAAGGUGAACGCUGCCGGUACACCGUUACUUCCAUUCGAAUGGUGCCGGAGUCCUGACGUUGGUCUCCCGGCUCCCGACCUUGUCCUUUUUUUCGACAUCACACCUGAGAAAGCCAAGGAACGCGGGGGUUAUGGGGAAGAGAGGUAUGAGAAAGAGGAGAUGCAGCUUCGCGUCCGGAAGUUCUUCCAUCAGAUUGGAGCUGAAAUGGUUGCGGAUGAGGGGGCAAGCACAAAAUGGGUGGACAUUGAUGCCGGGCGAGAAAGGGAAGAGGUGGAGAACGACGUUUGGUUGCUCGUUGAACCACUUGUGAAGGAAGGCAUUCAAAAUGCAUUGGGUAAAUUAUGGGUUUAAC